AUGCGGUCCCGCCUGAGAGCGAAGAAGUGCGCGCGAACAGGGCGGCAAGGAGGGCAAAAGCCGUCUCCGGAGCAGCGCCUGCAGCGAUCCGCAGGCACUGAUGCGGAGCGGAUGCGCGAGCGCGCUUGCGCGCAGGUACGCCGCGGUCAGUUGUCGCGCGCGCGCCAGACGCUCACCAGCGCUCCUUUGGCGCCGGGCAAUGCGGCUACGUUACGCCUCCUUUCGGACCCCGACAAGCGACCGCCCCGUCCGCGCCAGCCGAUGCCGGACGACAUAGCCAGCUUCCGUGCAGCAGACCGCGUCCACCUCACUGCAGCUGAGUUGGGAGAAGCUUUGCGCACGGCUAAGCGUGGCAGCGCUGCUGGCCUGUCCGGCGCGGCGGUGGAACACUAUCGCUUGCUGCUGGAGGACGAGGAGGCGAUGGACUUGCUAGCGCACGCGGCAUCCCUUUUGGCGAAUGCUGAUGCGCCCGCCGCCGUGCUGCAAGCCCUCGCGUUGUCCCGGCUCACCGCCCUUUCCAAGCCCGGCGGCGGCGUGCGCGGGAUCGCGACUGGAGACACGCUACGCCGACUGGUGUCACGAGCGUUGUCGCGACAGUAUGCUGACACGUUCGACCGCGCCACGCGGCCCUUCCAGUUCGCGCUUCAGGCCCGUGCCGGGACGGAUUGCUUGGCAGCGAUGCUGCGCGCGGCGAGCGAGUUGGAUGCCGACGCCACCAUCGUCUCGCUCGACGGAAGGAGCGCCUAUGACACGGUCUCACGUGCCGCCUUCCUGAAGAAGCUGCGCGAGGUCGCUCCAGCCCUCGUCCCAUAUGUGCGGGCGUGGUACGGCGGCACCUCCACGUACCUGUGGUGGGACGCCGAGGGCCGGCGCCACGAGAUCUCGCAAGGUGACGGCUGCGAGCAGGGAGAUGCGUUAGCGCCGGCUCUGUACUCCCUGGCGCAACACGAUGCCCUAGCUGCGGCGCAAGGGCGAUUGCAGCCGGGGGAGUUCCUUGCCGCUUUUCUGGACGACUUGUACCUCGUCACCACUCCAGCUCGCGCCCGGUCAGCGCUAGAUGAUGUCACGCGCACGGUCGAGCGGCAGGCUGGUGUCGCAGCUAAUCUCGGGAAGACUCGGGUCUAUCGCGCAAGUGGCGGGCCGCCCCCGCCCGAUAUCGCAGUGCUCGGACCCGAAGUCUGGUGCGGAGGUGACAGUGAACCGGCAACUUGCGGCUUUGUUGCAUUGGGCGUGCCGAUCGGGCAUACGGAGUUCGUGCGACGCACUCUCGCGGCAAGGCUUGAGGAAGAGCGCCGCUUGCUGCACGAACUGCCGGAAUUGCCUGAUAUGCAGAGCGCAUGGCUGCUCCUGCUCUACUGUGCCAGCCCGCGUGCCCAACAUGCUCUGCGCACGGUGCCGCCGCUGGACUCGGCCACCUAUGCGGCAGAACACGAUCGGGCGAUUUGGGCAACGCUCCACCACCUUCUAGCGGAGCAGGAUGCGAGCGGGCGGGAGUGGACCGCAGCGCGCCAAAUCGCCUUCCUCCCUGCCGCAUGUGGUGGCCUCGGUCUCGCGAGCGCGGAGCGACUAGCCCCAGCGGCCUACUGGGAUCUACUGGGCGGCUUGGGCGGACGCGCUCCCGGUGAUGCUGCAAAGACGCCCGGAGGUUGCCCGCCGAUAUGCGCAAGAACUCGCUCUUGGCGGCGGGUCGACUGCGCCGUGCCUGCGGGCAGCUGCGGAAGCGGGUGA